UAUAAGACCGAUCCUGGAAAACCACGAGUUUAGAAAAACCCACUAAUAACCCCGGUACAAACAACGCUGGUCCAUUAAAUCAACCAAUGAUAGCUUACUUUAAAUAAUAACGGUUGAUACGGUGUGUGAUUUUGAAAGGAUUAUAAAUGGGUCAUGUUUAUUUGUACCAGCAGAUUAGUGGGUUUUUCCAAAAAGUUGCUUUUUCCGGGAUACAUAUAAGACUGAUAGAAACUUUACUAGUCUACAUAAUUUUGAGUGUUUUGGAUUGGUUAGCACUGGUUUAUUCAUAAUACGUUACUUUGCAGUAACAACUUAAUAAAACCGCUUUACAACUGGAAUAACAUAAAAAACAGUAUUGCAGUAAAAACUGCCAUUUACUAGAGAUGGUUUGCCAACAGCUGUUUGGUAUGCUGGAUAAUGAUCUAAAACGAAUUGCAUUUGCAUCUCAUAAAGACCCAUAUGACGUUAGCUUAUAUGCAGGCUAAGUGGAAAAAUGGAUCGUUGCAGUGGACGCCAUCCUUCAUAUUAAUAGGGUGCUUUAGAACGGAAAGGACAUCAUGGGAAUGGAAAUGCAAACAUAUCGGCGUCGAACAGAGGCGUUUGUUCAUCGAGUUCGUCUGCAACGAAAGCGAAAAACAAUUUCCAAAAAAAAUGUCUACUCAUCCGUUAUUUUUGAGGACCAGCUUGCCAGCUGCAUCGCCGAUGUUCAUAAUUUGUGUUUCGUUGUUCUUCUUCCAUAGCUAUUCUACUAACGAAUACAUCGGAUACGACAAACAUUCAAGAUGCUCGGUAAAUACAGCUCAUCGUGACUCAAAAGUACUCGCGAUUGUGUUUGAAGAGACCCUCAUGCCCCAUCUCGACGGUUUACCACUUAUGUUUCUUGAUAUAAAAUAUGACGAUAUUUUAUACCGUACUCAAACACGAGUAAACGGUCAUAUUCGGUGUCUAGCUGAUCAUCGCACGUGGAAGGUACUUUCGAAAACAUCGCGUCUUCAUUACCAUAACUGUGAAUCAAACAUGGUGAUCUCACUUUCCCAGAAAAUCCAAAGCGUCAAGAAUACCACAACCGAGUUACAAUACAUGUUCACAAGCUUGAAUUCACCCAGAAAGCUAAGUGCAGCGGCUUUGACGGCUUUGCGCCUGUUGCUUAUAUUAUCUGGAAUAGAACCAAAUCCUGGACCUUUCAACAAAGAGAAUGGAGUUUUCAGUAAUGCAGAGUACAAUUUGCAAAUUUACACCCAUGAUACAGAAGAAAGUCCAACUCCUGCAUAUCCCGUUGAAAACGAGGAACAAACUGCCAUAGCCGUUCAAGCUGUUGACGAUGCGGAUGGGUCCCAUUCAUUUGUUGCUACGUCGUCAGGCUUGAGUGAACUUCCUAUUCCAUGGAGCUACCAAUCCCAGACACAAAGUACUUCACUGGUGCAACAGCAUAGCGACAACAUCACUCCACUACAAAUACACGAGUCAAGUAUUGUUUCAAGGAUAGAACUAGACAUAUCAGAACGAUAUGGUCAGUCGGAAAUCCGGUGCAAUAGUUCAAGUCCUGAAGUAUCGAAUACACAUAGGUGGCGGGGCGAAGCAACGGCUUAUCCGACGGCAAAAUAUCUUCGCUAUGCAGCGGUCGAAGAUAGGACGUCAUCUUUUAGAAACUGGCCAAGGACACGACCAACAAUACCAGCUUUGUGUCAGAGUGGGUUUUUCUAUACAGGUAACGAUGACUUGGUUAGAUGUUUCUGCUGUGGUAUUGGUCUAAAAGACUUUUCCGACACUGACGAUCCUCUACAAGAACAUGUCCGUCACUCUAGGAACUGUGCUUACCUUUUAGUAUUGUUGGGAGGCCAAGACGGAAUAGAACGAUACCACCGAAGUUUGCCAACACAUGACCCCGAAGAGAUCAGACGCCAGCAGCGUCUUCGAUAUAACAGCCAACGAAGUGUUCCUGCGACUGGGUAUAGGGCUAGACACGAACGGCUUCGGUCACUGCAGUCUCGAUUGGAUACUUUCACUAACUGGCCGUCACAUGUGACCCAAAGACCUCAAGAGCUCGCUGAAGCUGGGCUGUAUUACACAGGUAACGACGACCAUUGCCGAUGCUUUGCGUGUGACGGUGGAUUGAGGAAAUGGGAACACGGAGACGAUCCCUGGAUAGAACACUGUCGAUGGUUUCCUGCUUGUCCUUAUGCACGCGAAGUAAAAGGGCGCGAUUUCAUCGACCUUAUUCAGCUUUCAGCUGAUCAAGCUGCUGAAGAAAACGCAUCGGCGCCGCAACAAGAUAUGACUUAACUCAUUGGCUGCCAUAUUCAAUAGAGGAUCCUCUAGUUCAGAGAAUUGUUGAUCGACAUGACAGUAUGCUAAAAGAGAGCAUGGGAUUUUCUGAGGAAGAAAUCAAACAGGCAGUUCUCGAACUCGUUCAGCAAGGCAAUAAAACACCCAGCAUUGAAGAUAUCGUCACCCAAAUUGAAGUUAUUGCAGAGAGAAACGCAGUAUCUCGGGACUUUCAGAUUAUCCAGAAUGUUCAACAGACAGAAGAUGGAAUGAUGGAGGAAAAUAUCCGGC